UCGGGUCAUACUCACCAGACGACAGACGGGAAAAAGACUUUCAGUUCCUAGUAGGUGGACGUUUAUUGUACAUAGAGUGACAAUGGCAGCUCGUUUUAGCGAUAUAGCGCCAUCUCUGCGAGUGGCGUUAUGGGCACAUGGCAGGUCGAGAUCAACUGCAUUUGAAUUAGCAAUUGCAGGAGAACCUUCAAUUAAAGUUUUCCAUGAACAAUUUGUUAUGGCUUAUUGUGAAGGGGAGGAAAGAAUAUGUCACGAGGAUUACAGUAGGGGUCCUCCAAUUCCUGGAUACAGAUACCAAGAAGUGAAAGAUAGAUUAGAGAAAACGUCGUGUCCAGAAAAGAGUGCUAUCUUCAUGAAAGAUAACGCAGGGUGUCUUGGAGGAAGAAAAACUAUAAAUACCUACCCACGGGUUAUAUUCACACAUUCCUUAUUCGUGAUCCAAAGGCAUCCAUCAUGUCCUCGUACAAGUGUGCUCUAGCGGAAUGCAGCCGUAUGGGAUAUGGUGUCCGAGAUGUAUUAAAAUAUGUCAUUGAGGUUCAUCGUUUUGUAGAAAAUUACAGAUUUUAUAAGUACGUCACAAAUGAAUUAAAUCUACCAGCAAUAAUCGUAGAAUCAGAUGAUUUGAUAAGAAAUCCAAA